AUGGCGGACAACGCUAGCGAAAUCUCGGGGAUUUCUGUGAACCCUAUGUCUUCUUCAGGACAGGUACAACCGGUUUUCACAAUGGCAGGCACUGGAGGGUCUGAUCUUCAGAUAGUAUCAGAAAAAUUGUCUGAGACAAAUUAUGCAUCUUGGGCAGUUGCUGUUGAACUUUAUGUCAAAGGCCAUGAUAAACUUGAUAUUCUUCAUGGCACUAAAGUGAAACCAGAUGACAAGGAUCUUAGCUUUCGCACUUGGCGACGUGACAAUAUUCAAUUAAUGACUUGGAUGCUUAACUCUGUUAAUUCUGACAUCAAACAAGUCAUUCUUCAUAACAAAACAACGCACGACAUGUGGAAGACACUAGAGCAGAUGUAUGGACGUCGACAUGAUAUGCUGCGUACUUAUCAGAUCAGCAGUCAAAUUUUCAAACUUGAACAAGGUUCUAUGUCAGUCACCAAUUAUUUUGCUACUCUGAAGGGACUGUGGGAUGAGUUUGACUACUACCGGAUGGAAAAUUGGAGUUCCACUGAUGAUCAUCAGAGAUAUUUAAAGUUUCUGGAAAAAGACAGAAUUAUUAAAUUUUUAGAUGGACUUACUGCAGAGUUUGAGAAUUUAAAAGGGUAA